AUGCAUGAGCUGUCGACAUUUACGUCGACCGCUUCGAUAGCACCAUCACCCGAGGUGGUGGCAUCGAGCGUCUUUCGCCAAAAGACAGCCUCGAUUUGGGCUCAUUGCCGCCCGGCGGAGGGCAAGAUCAAUCCAGCUGCCUGGAUCGACGCUGACAGCACGCGAUGGUGGCACUACCAGCCCUGCUUUGACAAGAAAAGGGCAAAGCGAUACAAAUAUUUAGGCGGUACGUCGACCAUCGUUACGCACCUGCGCAAGGAGCACAACAUUGUGGUCUCCAGCAAACGCGAGGCCAGCACGGAGGUAACAAAAAGCCGUCUUGGAAGUAUUUCUGCCUUUUUGUUGGGAGGGAACCUCCAUCCCACUAGAAAACGCAAGGUGGCUAUGGAGGAAGAUGCCUUGAGUCCUGUCACUCUGCGUGAGCUAUACUGUCGCUACACGGUAUCCUGCAGCCUCCCCUUUGCCCACGUCGAACAGCAGGCGUUCCGUGACUUGAUCCGCUAUAUCCGCCCGGCCGCCGACGAUCUUUUGCCCAGGUCUGUCGAUACGAAAAAAACCGAACUGGACUAA